CUGUAUUGUUCUAACAAUUUAAAAUACUUUUCUCGCAUGCAUUAGGGUGUGGUAGCUAUAAUUCCGUGUUUUUCUUGCUUUCAACACUACAGACUGAUCCUACGAGCUACGACAACUUUUACCUACAAAUGUUUAGCGUUUCAUGCUGCAACUAGUAGUUGAUAUCCUAGGAUGUUAUGCCUAAAAUUGGAAUUCAGCCAUCAGAGAUUAGGGAAAUUCAAGCACUUAAAAGCAAGUAUUGUACUUAUUUCAACAUUCAAAAUAAAAUAAAAUUUUGUGUUUUAGGCUGAAACUCUAGAUGGCGUUGAUGUGCGUAUAUGAUGAAGAUUACGAGUGACAAGUUAAAUGGGUGUUUUUUACGUUACUCUGUUUUGUGUUUCAAAGGAUUUUUCAUAAAAAAAUUUCAGGUGUUUCACCUUGCCAGCUGCUGAACCAGCAGCCUACAUUCCUGCCAUCAAUGUACCACAAGGGAUUCUGACACUUUAAGAAGGCCACUAUUCCUUAAAUGAAGAUCACCAUCCAGUUCAAGUACUGUUGAUGGACCUCAAGUCUUUUGUUUAAGCUUAGAGAUGUGUUCUCACAUCAGUCAACCACUGAGUGUUCAUCUACUUUGUGUUGCUAACCGUCAGCCCACAGCAUCACAAGUAUCCAGAUUUCCAAGCUCCGCCAAUAAUCAUCCAUACACUUUAGCGCUUCAUUUUGGACUGCAAAUUUUCAUCCUCCUUCCGUACAACACUGCGGUUUCGACAAUUUCGGUAGUUUCGCCGCCAGUGGACCACUCGCAAGUACAUUUUCUUUGUCUUCCUGUCGUUGUCUACGCUUUCACCUCAUCGCUGUCUUCGUUGACGUCUUCACCUUCAUCUCCGUCUCGUCGUCGUCUUGGCCGUCUUUGCCUUCAUCUCCGUCUCGUCGUCGUCGUCUUGGCCGUCUUCGCCUUCAUCUCCGUCUCUCGAAUUUAUCAAAAUCAAAGAUAA